GAUACAUGUGAUAUGACAUGUAUGAUGCAUGACCUGCAUGACCUGUGGCGUUUGAGUAACAUCGACCGCUAAGCCGCGAUCGAUUGAAUCUUGAUCAUCCGAGACUAGCACCGUCGAUUGAUCAUCAAAUCAAAACUCACACAUCUCCAAAAAAUGAGGACGGGCCUAAAUUUCUUUAUCCGCUUCGCUUUUCCUUCCCAAGAAGCAGUUGAGCAUAGAGAAAAUUUUAUUUCUAAGUUAUAAGUUGUCCAAUUUCCGGACAGAAAUGACUUGAACAGUCACAUCCAACACGGUCCGCGCCGCACACUGGUAGUACGCCUCUGAAAGGGACCAAUCAUGGCACUUCGUAUCGCCGUCGUGGAGUUCACGCCCAUGAAGAGUUGCUUCAUCAGUCUGCCGGUGACCUGGGGUCAAGAGUUCCAGCGAAAACAGAAUUACAUCUUCGAGCUUCAGUGGGGGGAUCGAGGCAGGGCAUAUGUCUCGUGGGCCGGAGAUACCCUCAGGUUGCCCGAGGGAAGUACAGUCGGGAAUCCCACAAUUCAAAUCAACGGUCUCUAUGGUAACAAGCUGGGGCUGUGCCACGGGGAGGAGGUUUUGUUAAAGCCAGUCCCAAAGGUCCAUUCCUGCAGCAGGGUCAGCGUGGAGCCCGCAACCUCUGAUGACUGGGAGAUACUGGAAUUGAACACUGGCUAUGUGGAGUCCAAUCUGCUGAAUCAAGUCAGGAUCGUCUGGACAGGCCAGAUUCUGCCAGUUUGGAUCGAGAAGAAGAUUUGCAUAUUCAUCAAAAUUGGUGCUACAGAUCCCCCUGCAUCUUGUGUCCAGUUGGAGCCCAACACCGAACUCAUUGUUGCGCCCAAGUCUCGCCACAACCCAGCACCAGCCACAACUCCUGUAUCAAACACAAAUACCCCCGGUAACCCUGACAGACAGGGCGGAGAUCGUUCUCAGAGACACCCUGACGCACCACUUCCAAACAGUUCCAGUAUGGGUUCCAUCAUCGCCAGUGCCCUGUCCGGCUUCACCAGCGACUACGACUCCGCGACGAGUCCCAGCGACACCACUUUCUCCACAGCCCCUCUGACGGACGCUAGCUCCAGUCCAACGACUCCCAGCGAACCCUGGGACGUUCCCCCAGAAACUCUUGACAAAUCAAUACCUUGGUCCUACAAAUUUUGGCGUAGGGUUAAGUCCGUGUUUGUGCGUGACGAGGCUGAAUACAUUUCAAAGAUGGGGAGCGGGGACAUGGAGGAGGCACGCCGUAAGAUGGCGGCCGAGUUCUGGAAGGAUGUGAGGAUCGUUGCUCGUGUCCAGCCGAUGUUUGAGCGCCGUAAGAGCUCUGUGUCCCGAGUCUCAUCCUCAUCAGGUUUACUAAAGUCAGGAGGUCGUACGCAGCUCGCUGACUCCAAGCGGCAUCACAUAGCACCCAGUACUGCCACAGCCAGCGGGGAGAGACCCGAUGAUUCUGAAAACUGUCCAAGUCCGUCAGCUGACACCCAGGAGUCCUUCAUGAGCUCCUACACGCACCUCAUGCAGCCCACCACGGUCUACCUGACCUCCAACUGUGAGACGGAAUUCGUCCGGCACCACAACUCCAAUACAGACGAGCACCAGUGUCCCGUCAACGAAUUUGUCACGUUCCUAGCCUACCUGGCCAAGCUCUCCUCCCCAAAGGAAAAAAAGGAGGAAGUCAACCGCAAGUUUCAACAAACCCAGAACAAGUACGAGAAGGCGAUGCGAGAAGCCUUGGAACAGAAACACCUACAGGCUGCCCCUGCCCAAGCAACCACAGACGCUGCCGCAAAGAGCGAAGACUCCAACCCGUCUUGCGUGGUUCGCGUCAUCAUCCACAGUAACGAACUCCAGCGACAUCAAUCUGGCCAAUCGGAGAAUCUCUACUCUUCCAACACGUUUCAGAAGCAGGACAUCUCCUGGUUCGUCCAGCUUCCUGACUUGCUUCGACGUCAGCUCGGACUGGAGUCCUCGGCCAAAGUGGAGCUGCGACCGGUGCUCAUCCCACCGGUGCCCAUUCACAGCAUUUCACUAUUCCCACUGUUUGACAAGCCCUCAGAUCUCAAAAAUGAGGACCUUGUCUUUGCAUUUGAAUACUGGGUGACGUGUGUGAGCUGCAUGAUAUCACCCAUCCCCAUCAGACAGCAUGGAACCCUACUGAGGUUUCCCAUCUCUAGAACUGGAGAUGUCCAUGGAGAGUUUCUCAUCUCCGUCAACCAGCAGGACAAGCCUGCCCCCUCCUCCUCCUCACCCGAUGCCUCCCCGUCCUACUACCUCCUGCAUCCGCUCAUCGCCAAGAGAUGCCGGGCCGUCAUCAGAGACAAGAUCACCGCAUCCAACAAGCCUGCCUUCAUCCCUAGGAUGCCAUCCAGGGGCGUGGCCGAGCUGGACAAUACCGUGGGCGGGUACAGACUACGGGAUCUGGGAAACUUUGGCUGUUCAAUUUCCAGGGGAGCCGCAGCUUUGGGCCAGCAAGCCCUGGACUACCUCAGCACGGCGCUGAUGACGCGGCCAAUCAGCCGGUGCCUGGGCGAGUCCCUGCCGGGGCUCCUGCAAGGCGGCCUGCUCGUCUGCGGCCCCAGGGGCAGCGGCAAGAGCGCCCUCUGCCGGUCGGUCUGUCGGGAGAUGGCGCAGUGGCCCAACCUAGCGCACGUCAGCCUGGUGGAGUGCAAGCCCUUGAAAGGGAAACGUAUCGAGACCAUUCGCAAGAUCUGGGAGGAGGCUGUGAACGAGGCAGCGUGGCGACAGCCUUCCAUCGUCCUAUUGGAUGACCUGGAUCAUGUGACUGCCUCGCCGCUGGGACCGGAGCAGGAGAUUGGCCCUGAGGCAGUGUACCACACCCGCUUGGCUGACGUUUUGAAAGAUAUAAUGACGGCCGAGGUCAGAGAGGGGUCACGGGUCUGCAUUGUGGCCACCACCAGGUCAAAGGGCAGCCUCCACCAAUCACUGACCAGUUCCAGAGGUUGCCACCUAUUCCAGUGCUGUCUGGAGAUACCUUCAUUGAACAAACCCCAGCGCAUUGAGGUCUUCAAUUCCGCCAUCCAGUCCAAAGUAGAGAUUGACCUGCGAACGUUUGACCGGAUUGACCCUGACCACCUGGCCGGACGGAUGGAGGGUUACGUGGCUCGGGACAUAGUGACCGUCGUGGAGAGAGCUAUCCAUGCUGGAUGUAGCCGGGAGAUGAUUGAAGGAAGGCCCACACCGCCUGCUGAACCAGACAAACAAGCCAAAGAUUCCAACAGCAAUGCAGACGAGAUUCUGCUGAGGCAGGAAGACUUUGAGGUUGCGCUGCACGACUACACGCCGGCCACUCUCAGGGACGUUCCAUUGCACAGCGCGGGGGAGUUGGGUUGGGAAGACGUCGGCGGGCUGAGGGACGUGAAGGAGUCUUUACUAGAAACGCUGCAACUGCCAGCAAAGUAUCCAUCGUUGUUUGCUAACUGCCCCCUGCGUCUGAGGUCAGGGUUGUUGCUGUAUGGCCCACCAGGCACGGGUAAGACACUACUGGGCGGCGUCGUGGCCAAGGAAUGUGGACUCAACUUCAUUAGUAUCAAGGGUCCUGAGCUACUGAGCAAGUACAUUGGUGCUAGUGAGCAGGCCGUCCGUGAUCUCUUCAACAGGGCUCAGAGUGCACGACCCUGCAUUCUCUUCUUUGAUGAGUUUGACUCGCUGGCCCCAAGACGUGGCCAUGAUAGCACAGGUGUGACUGACAGGGUUGUCAACCAGCUACUCACUCAGCUGGAUGGCGUGGAAGGAUUGCAAGGUGUUUACAUCAUAGGAGCUACCAGUCGGCCAGAUCUCAUAGACCCAGCAUUACUCAGGCCUGGUAGAUUGGACAAGUGUCUUUUCUGCCCGAUCCCGUGUGCAGAAGAGAGGGUUGAGAUCCUGCAGGCCCUAUCCCGCAAGAUACCCCUGACAGACGACGUCAACCUACGUGCCAUUGCCAUGAAGUGCGAUCACUUCACCGGGGCAGACUUCAAGGCUCUCCUGUACAACGCACAGCUGGAGGCAAUCCACAGCACGCUGGCCUCCAGCUUCGCAGAUCCCGACGGCGAAUACGACCAGCCGAUGACGCCGCUCAACACCAAGCAGUGCAGCAUGGGAGCCGACGACUGGAAGCUGACGUUCCUGGAGAGCUUCACGGCCGAGGGCGAUUACGACGACGCGCCGGGGUCGCCGCGGCGUCGCUCCCGCCAGGAGAACGGUAAUUCCGCUCGUUUAGGUUCCCCACGGACCGAACGUUCCAACACCAACUCCGAGUCCAGCAACAACUCGCAGGAGUUCGUCCGAGUGAAUUUGCGGGACCUGAACGGGAACCCCGAGGCAGGUGAUGAGGAACACUGCGGCGAUGACCUCACCAGGAGGUCAGAGGUGAAGGGUCACGGUCCCUCCAUGAGGCAGCUGGCUUCGGCAAAGCAAGGCAGCAGCCCCAAGCCACACAUCAGUGAUAUAAUCGGUGAUUCCAUUGAGAAUGAGGAGGUUCCAGGCCCCAUGGAGGGGCUGGAGGACCCAUUCUACGCAGGCAUAAGGCAGGGCGCUGAGCAGCAGGUCAUCUACAUGCCCACCCUGCGCGACGGAGUGGUAGAUCCCAGCAGGGACACGCAGGAAAAGAUCAACUCCCAGGUUGCAGUUAUCAAGGAAAACUACCAACAAAGAACACAUAGACAUCAGGGUCUCAAUGACGACAGAUCCAAACCUGUCGAUGGUUCUGCAGUGAUUCACAUCAGCCAGUCACAUCUGCUGAGAGCAGCCGCCGAGAUGAAACCAUCAGUCACUGUCAGCGAGAGAGCGAGAUACCAAAGCAUAUACGACAAUUUUGUGCAGUCACGAGGUGGCAACUUCAACCCAACACCCCAGCAGACCGGACAAAAGAGAGCGACGUUGGCAUGAUCGUAUCAGAGAUAUGCACACGGAGCCCAAAAUAUUUUGAUGACCAAUAAUUGCUGGGUAUUUAUAUCAAAUGAUUAUUAAAAUCAAAAUCACAUCAUGCUGCUAUAAUUUUUCAGUAAGGCUGAAAAACAGUUGUGUGUUUACGGUGAUGCCUUAAAAAUUAUCUAGGUGGAUAGGUACAAAAAUAAUUUUAUUUUGUAAGUUUAUGUUUGUCCGGUGUUCUGUUUAAUUAACCUGUUUAAUUUAUUAAUUCACCAAUGACACACUAAAAACUUGCAUAGGGAGGACAUUUUAUUUUCAAAUUAUACUUUAUUGUAAAUUUUUGGCAAAAUGUGGCAAAAACGAUUGAGGUCUGCAAUUUGGCCGAAACAAAUCCAGGAAGUUCCGGUUUAAUACCGUAAAGGCGUAAACACACUGUUUUUCAGGCCUUCGAAAGUGAAUCUUAAAAAAACUUGCUUCAAGACUUUUGGAAGCUAUCUUUGUCCACUUCUAAUUUAUUUUGUAAGAUGCAAGUUUAUGAAUAUUUGCAAUGACUAAUUGACAUUUGUUUUAUUAAUUUUUCAGGGCUGUUUCUGCAUUCAUCAAAAGAUGGGACAUGCAUUUUCUUUUACUGACAUGACUGAGUUUAUAUAUUUGAAAUUACAAUGGAUUUGAUAUCUGAGUGAUGAAAUUGAAGUGUUGUACUGAAAGACUUAAUUUUCCGUAUUUGUUAUAAAAAAAAAUUGCCAGUGUCAUAUAACAGUACUUAAAAGUCAAAUUUUGUAUUUUCAACUUGCAAUCAACAUAUAGUUAUUUGUUAUUAAUAGUACUCAUGCAACUACAUUGUUGCUUUUAUAGGCGACGUGAGUAUCUAUGAUCAUAGAUUGCAACUGUUAUUCUUUUCUUUGAUUGGUUUUUCAUCAUCAGAUUCUCUAUUUUAGCCUUUUAUAUAUCUUGGGCCUUUUUGAUCCCCACCGAUGGUACUGUUUCUUAAAUGGAAUUUUUUUUUUCCAAAUACUACUAAGUGUGAUAUUUUUAAAGCAAUGUGGCAAUACUAAAGUAAAUGAAUGAGCUUCCAUGAUUGUACUUGUAAAUUUCAUGUUGGACAUUUUUUUUGCAGAAUCACUGUACAUGUAGUUUUGAUUUUAUUUGCCAAACUUUUACACUAAUUACUUCCCAAUGAUGUGAAAGUGCAGCCAGCUUUGGGAAAUUGAGUCGGAAAAGGUCAGAAAAUAACAAAGCAAACUUUGAGCUCAGCAUUUCAUGCUGUAUAUUUGGUAUUUUUUUUCAUUGUGUGUUAUUGAUCAUCAUUGAUUACAUGUUUAUAUAUACAGCAGAUAAGCUAAGGUGAAAUUACAAGGGAUUAAAGAAAAUCAUAGUUACAACUGUA